AUGGAAGAAAGAAACAACGAUGGUGAUCAGAAAAUGGAGGAAGUAUUGUUGCCCGGCUUUAGGUUCCAUCCAACCGACGAAGAGCUUGUAAGCUUCUACUUGAAGAGGAAGGUUCAACACAAUCCUCUCUCCAUUGAACUCAUACGACAACUUGAUAUCUACAAAUACGACCCCUGGGAUCUUCCAAAGUUUGCGACUGGUGAAAAGGAAUGGUACUUUUAUUGUCCGAGGGACAGGAAGUAUAGGAACAGCUCGAGACCGAACCGAGUGACUGGAGCUGGUUUCUGGAAAGCCACGGGAACAGACAGGCCUAUUUACUCGUCGGAAGGAAACAAAUGCAUAGGUUUAAAGAAGUCAUUAGUGUUCUACAAAGGUAGAGCUGCGAAAGGAGUUAAGACUGAUUGGAUGAUGCAUGAGUUUCGUAUGCCUUCUCUCUCUGAUCCAUCUCCUUCUUCUAAGAGGUUCUUCGAUUCACCUGUCUCUUCAAACGAUUCAUGGGCUAUAUGCAGAAUCUUCAAAAAGACAAACACAACGACCUUAAGAGCUCUGUCUAACUCAUUUGUUUCCUCGUUACCAUCAGAGACAAGCAUCGACACAAUUAUGUCGUCCGACCAAAAGCUAUCACACUGUUCUUCAGACAAGAUCCUCAAAACUAGCUCUCACUUCCAGUUUCACCAUGAUCAUAUCAACAGUACUCCCAAAACUAGUACUGGUCCAACUUCUCAUGUUGCCACUACAAAUCCAUUAUCUUACUUGGAUUUCACUUCCUACGAGAAAACCACCAACGUUUUCAAUCCGGUUUCAUGUUUAGACCAGCAAUACCUCACUAAUCUCUUUCUUGCCACACAAGAAACACAGCCUCAGUUUCAAAGACUCGCCUCACCUAAUGAAUCCCCCUCGUUUCUCUUAAACAUGCCAUCAUCAGAUUCUUCCUUGUUGGGAGAAUGCACAAGCCAGAUCGACCUAAGCGUGAUGUUGGCUCAAGAGCAGUGUCCUGCGCUUGUAAGCCUACCACAAGAGUAUCAAGAGAAGGGACUCGAAGAAAAUGGAGAAAUAAAGAACCUGGGUGGUUGUAAUGGCGAUAUUGGUUCAACCUUUGAAGAAAACCAUCGUCAUCAUUAUCAAGACGUGAAACAUAACAUGACAAUGUUGGAGAGUUAUUAUUCUUCUUUGUCUAAUGGCGAUUGGGCAACUUGUUUCUCCACAACUUGA